AUGGUGGAUCCUAGUGGAGUUGAAGCCAUGGUGGAUCCUAGUGGAGUUCAAGCCAUGCUGAAUCCUACGGGAGUUCAAGCCAUGGUGAAUCCAAGUGGAGACCAAGCUAAGGUUGAUCCGCGGCGAUCGUUUCUCCGUCGAUUCAGGAGCUCAAACAACACGGAGGCGAGUUCGUCUGUAAAAAUGGAUAAGAAUUGGAUGGAAGCUUCAAGGUCUUCAGAUGAGUAUGCAGCUGGAGUCUCCUUAUUCUUGAAAUUUGCUCUAAGAAAUGAAGUGAAAGACAGUAAGAUACUUUGUCCAUGUAAAAACUGUGGGAACAGGUUCUGGUAUGAUGUAGAAACUGUAAAUGAUCAUCUAAUCUGUACUGGUUUUAUGCCUGGAUAUAAAACCUGGUUGUUUCAUGGGGAACAAGCUGUUAACAAUGAUCUUGACACACAAUCUAGCUUUCCAGAAGAUACUAGUAAUGCUAGAGAUGAGAUUGACCAGCUACUGUUAGAUGGGUUUGACAUGUACAAUACAAGUUCAUUGCAUUCAGAAGAAGAAGGGAGUGAAGAUGAUAGUGAAGAUGAAGAUGUCGAAUCAUACAAGAGGUUAGUCAAUGAUGGUGGCCAGCAGUUGUACCCAGGAUGCAAGAAGUUUUCUAAACUGCAGUUUCUAGUAAGAUUGAUCAAUAUUAAAAAUGUCAGGGGAAUGACAAAUGCUGCAUUUGAAGAUAUGCUGACACUGUUCAGGGAAGCACUACCUGAAGGACAUUCUCUGCCUAAGAAAUUUCAUGAAGAAAAGCAGUACAUCAGAGGAGUUGGUCUUGCAUAUGAUACUUAUGAUGCCUGUUUCAAUGACUGCAUAAUUUUCAGAGGCAUCCAUGCCAAGGCCAAUGUCUGCCCAGUUUGCAAAACAAGCAGGUGGAAGACUGUAAGAAGUGUAGUAGGUGGGAAGAGAAUCAGUAGGGUGCCAAUGAAAGUUAUCAGGCAUUUCCCACUGAACAAAAGAGUCAGGAGGUUGUUUAUAUCUAACAAAACAGCAUCUCUGAUGAGUUGGCACAAUGAUGGGAGAACCAAAGAUGAAGUAAUGAGGCAUCCAGCUGAUUCACCUGCUUGGAAGAACUUUGACAGCAGGUACAGGUCGUUCAGCAAAGAACCAAGGAACAUCAGAUUUGGAUUAGCUACAGAUGGAUUCAACCCUUUCAGGAAUAUGAACUUGUCUUACAGCAUCUGGCCUAUAAUUCUGAUCCCAUACAACUUCCCUCCUUGGAUUUGCAUGAAGGAGACCAACUUUAUCUUGUCUGUCAUUGUACCAGGAAGGGGAUCACGAGGGAAAGACAUUGAUGUAUACCUGCAACUAGUAAUUGAUGAGCUACAGGAGUUGUGGCACCAUGGAGUUCUGGUAUAUGAUUCUCAUUUUGGUAAAAAGUUUAGAGUCCAUGCUGCACUGCUCUGGACCAUCAGUGAUUGGCUGGGCCGUGGAAUAUUGAGUGGUGAAAGCAUUGUUGUCUGUUCUCAUUGCCUCUUAGGAACUUGUUCUAGACGGUUGAAGCAUGGACACAAAGCAUGUUUUCUAGGUCACAGAAGGUUCUUGUCAAUGAAUCAUCCAUUCAGAAGUGAUGAGGAAUCUUUUGAUGGGACAACUGAUUUCAGGGAACCUCCAGUGCAGCCUACAGGUGAAGAAAUUUCUGCUAUGACAAUGGAUAUCCAAACUGCAUAUGGAAAACUGCAGAAGCAAAAGAGGAUUGGAAGGAAGAAAAGGAAUAGAGGUGAAGUGGAUGAGGAUUUGGAGAAUAUGGAGGAAAAUGUGCUUGAUGUGGAUAAAAGGUCAAAAGAUAAUGCAAAAGCUAGGAUGGAUAUGAAGAGAAUGAAGAUUAGAGAACAUUUGCAUAUUAAUGAAACACAAGAAAAACCUGACUUGCCAGAGGCAGUGUACUACAUGGAGUCAUCAAAGAAGAAGCUUUUCUGUGGACUGGUGAAAAAUGUGAGAUUUCCAGACAACCAUGCUUCCUCCAUGUACAACAAGACAUUGCCUGAAGAAGUUGCAUUGCCCUUAGUGAAGCUUGCCAAGUGCUUCAAAGUCAUUACUUCGAAGAUCGUCAGUAAUAAAGAGAUAGCAAUUGUUGAAGAACAGUUGCCAGAGAUAUUAUGUCAACUUGAGAAGAUUUUUCCUCCAACGUUCUUCGACAUAAUGGAGCACCUAGUUAUACAUCUCCCAGCUGAAGUGAGACUUGCUGGGCCUGUUCAAUUCAGGAACAUGUGGUCCACCGAGAUGUUUAUUGGCAACAUGAAAAACUGGGUACACAAUAGAAGCCACCCUGAAGGAUCUAUUGCAGAGUCAUAUUUGUUCGAUGAGUGUUUGACAUUCUGCUCUAGAUAUGUGGAUGAUUGUAACACCAAGUUCAACAAAGCUCCAAGACAUGAUGAUAACAUGACAAGUAGUGCAAACAAAAAUUGCAGCAAGUACCUGAAGAUUUUUGGAAGACCAUUAUCAGCUUGCAGUACUUCUGAACUAGAUCACCUGUCAUGGACACAAGCACAGAAGUAUGUACUCUUCAAUUAUGAGCACAUCAAUUACUACACAGAGAAGCAUAUGAAAGCUUUAGCUGCUGGGAAAAAGAAAAAAAAUAAAAGACAGGUAGAAGCAGAACAUCACAGAACAUUCCAUCUUUGGUUCAUUGACCAUGUGCAGUCUUUGCUUCUUAAAGGCACUAAAUUGCCAGCAGAAAUUGUUUUGCUAGCAAACAAGCCUUACAUGAUGGUGAAGAAGUACAACAGCUACAUCAUUAAUGGUUGUGUAUUCCACACAAAGGAGUUUGCAGCAGGCAAAAGCACCCAAUGUGAUGGAGUGUCAAACUCAGCUAUGACUUCCAGUUAUUCUAGUUCUAAAGAUAAGAACCCAGUAAAAGGAGAAGUAGAAUACUAUGGUAGAAUAGUAGAGAUUGUUGAGUUAAAUUAUUCCAACCAAGGAAGUGUUUUACUGUUCAAAUGUGAAUGGUCAAAACCUGCUGGAGUUAAAAACAUUACCAACUUUGGGGUAACACAAGUAAACCUGAAGCAGUUAGAAUUUGGAUCAGAACCAUUUAUAUUUGCAAGAACAAAUAAGUCAGAUACUCAAGAUUGGAAGGAAAAGAUGAUCCAAUUAGGUGGAGCUGUAACAGCUGAAAGUAAUGGUGCUAAUAUUUAUGAAAGGUUCAUACACAUAGCAAAAGCUACUGGAUACUUGCUAGGGAACCAGCAAAUUGUUGAGAAUGAAACUAUAUAUGAACAACUAGAGGAAGAUGAAGAUGAUGAUGAUGAUUAA